UAGCCACUAAUACAAUGACGUCACUUCCCAGUUAAACGUGGCUGCCUUGCGAGCGUAGGAAGGAGUGGCUUUGCGAUCUGUCAAGUUAAAUGAUUUCGUCGCGAAAAUUGAUGACUCGUCGCAUCGGUUAAAUUGAUUGAACGUCGAUCAGUACUUAUCAUUUAUCGUGCGACAGUUCGAAUAUACGAAGAAAAUGUCGUCCUCGGGUGAUUUUGGAAACCCGUUGCGUAAAUUUAAGCUCGUCUUUCUCGGUGAACAAAGCGUUGGAAAAACUUCUCUUAUCACACGGUUUAUGUAUGACAGCUUUGACAACACGUAUCAGGCAACGAUAGGUAUAGAUUUCUUGAGCAAAACGAUGUAUCUGGAGGAUAGGACCGUGAGAUUACAGCUGUGGGACACUGCUGGUCAAGAACGAUUUCGAUCUUUGAUACCCAGUUACAUUAGAGACUCCACCGUGGCAGUCGUGGUAUACGACAUCACUAAUGCGAACUCGUAUCAUCAAACGUCAAAAUGGAUCGACGACGUGCGGACUGAAAGGGGUAGUGAUGUAAUUAUUAUGCUAGUGGGUAAUAAGACAGACUUGGGUGAUAAGAGACAAGUUUCGAUGGAGGAGGGUGAACGAAAAGCCAAGGAGUUAAAUGUGAUGUUCAUUGAAACUAGUGCUAAAGCUGGAUACAAUGUGAAGCAGCUCUUUAGAAGAGUGGCGGCAGCCUUACCAGGGAUGGAUUCCACUGAGAACAAGCCGCCCGAAGACACAGCUGUCGAUUUGCAGAAUCAGUCACCGAUGCAGAACGGGUCCGAGUCCGAGGGGGAGAGCGGAUGCAUUUGCUAGGGAGGUGGUUUUGUCAGUGUGCAGCUAAAAAUAAUGCUAACUCCUUGAGACAUUCUCUGAUACGAACCAAAAAUCAUCACGUACUAUUAACAAGACGCUGGCUUCUUCUGAUGUCUACAUCGUGGCCCGUGAGUUAACGCGCGACAAAAGGCACGAGUCAAAGUUUCACAUCGUUCUUCACCACCGAAUACAUUCCGUAUAAGUCUCGUUCAAGUCGUUCUACCAUACCGCGAUUUUUUUCAAAAUCCCAAGGGAUGAUAAAUAUAGCUUCUCGCGAAUUGUAUCCGCCGGAUACUCUUCGACGGUUUCGACGGUGCAAAUCAGAAAUCUCGAUUCGUAUCGAUGAUAGGGUAGCUUUUUUCGCGCACGAUCGAAGCAAUAAGCAAAACUGAUUUUCGUCACUGUACAUAUCAAGAUUUUCGGUGUUCCAAAGGCAGAUAUGAUAAUUGCCAGGGUGAUUUCGCUCAUUUAUAUUAGUUAGAAAUUCCUUUUGAUCCUAUCAUCGUCUUCGAAGUGAGAAACAAAUAACACGCACAAGGCACCGAGAAGAGUUUAGAUGCGACGAGAUGAUGCGCCAGACUUAAACGACUGAAAGUAAAACUGUUUCAUCAGCCCCGAGGUCGUGAGAAUCGAGGAAUCGAGCGACCUAUUUCCGAAUCAGUUGCUAAACAAUUUACCAGUAGGACAUGUUAUAUUAUUGCCGAGUCUGCGAUAACGACGAAUUGUUCAAGGUUUAUAAUAUUGUAAUCGUAAUUAAACAAUCUUUAUAGACGUUUUUCGAUAAUCUCGACAAAUUAGCCAGCGACGAGAUGCGUUCAUCGAUUGGGGAAGGAGAGAUUCAUUUGCUCGGAAAUUAUCUAUCAAUUACGAUUCCUUUAGUAAACGUUUACCAAGAAAGAAAGUAACAUUGUUUCUUUAUAAAUAAAAAACGCAUAAAACGAAAUGCGCUAAUCAAUGAACGAAUCCUGUGCGUCGCGACGAAACGUAAUGUUCGCGUUUCAUCGAGGAGACUGAAGCUUCUAAACACUCACAUAGACACAUACACACACACUGAACGAAGCAUAUAUAAGCGAGUUAUAAUAGCGUACCGUAAAAAAAAAAUUACGGAUGAGGUGAAACUGGGUUCGAGCGCGAUAUUCGUUGAUCUAGAGUGCCACGAGGGAAGCGGGCCAAUUUUACAUCUGCUAAUUAGAGUUUAGAAACGAACGAAUGAGAUGGUAGACGCAAUUUCUGGAGAGCACGGAGAAUCAUUUCUCCCGCGCUCUCGUUAUUGAUGUGAUAAGGCUUCUGUCACGAGGGAUGUAAGAAAGAAACGAUUGCAACUCAAUAAUCCGCCGUGCUUUAAACGCGAGCUCUACACGCAUUAACGCUGUUUCUUCUGAACGUUAAAAACCGUCUCUCUAGCGCAGCCCCUUGUGUCGCGUAGCGUUCACCGUGCAGCUCUUCGAGGUCGUUCGCUACGAAUCGUACAUGAAACCGUUUAUUCGAGAUGUCGAAACAAUACGAAAGCCGCCUAAAAUUGUUAGGGGAUUCGUAGCACUCGACGCGUUUUCUUUCUUUCAGCCUCGCGUUUCACGGAGAAGAUAUUCUCGCUGCAAUCCUCACGGAAUCAUCAUCCUCUCUGGCCUGUUUCCUCUAAAGGAAAUUAUUCCUGAGAUCGCAAUCUCGGCGUUGUUCGAGGAUGCAGCGAGCGUCUCUUUCCCGUUGGCGAAUGAAUCUAAGUAGAAGUAUGCCGAUCUAGUCGGAACGAUUGUUCGACGAUCGUUUCUGUGCUCGCUUCUUCGCAUUGGGACCCUUAUCCUUUCGGUUGCGGUUCCACCCUUUCGCUGCAGCGCAGUAGAAAUUAAUUACCGAGCUCUCGGCGACGAUCAAGCUGUAAUAACGUGUGUGUAAAAAAAAUAGAAGAGAAUUCGCUGUUCCUUAAUUUAUUCGGUUUCUUUCGUUCUUUUACACGUAUCGAAUUGUUCACACAUAUACACACAUACACACACACACACACACAGAGGUAUUGAUUUUUAUGUAAAAGAAGUUUCGCUGUGCGUUGCACUCCGUGGCGAAAGGGAUCGAAGAUUUGACGAUAGCGAUGAUUUGUAACGUCUCGGGGGGGAGAGAUUGAUUGAGGGAGGGAGGAAGGGAAGGGGACACUUGCGAAUGUAAUUUGCAAGGCAGGGCCGCGUUCUGUGGUAAUGUUAUCGUAGCCAAUGUUUAUUAGUUAAAUAGAGGUAUUCGCUGUAUCGUCUCUUUGCAAUUAAAUUGUCAAACUUAACGUAGGCGUUAGGACGCGAUAUAUUUAUUGAUUGUGACGGUUAACCCUUCCAGCCGCCGUGGUCGUACGAGCCUUUGUUCCAUUUCGCGUUACGUAGCCUUAGGCGACGGGUGAAGGUGGAUGAUACGGUAAAAUUCGAUUUCAUACUUUUGUACCGAUAUUUUGUAUGUUCGUAGAAUGUUUUUCUCGUUGCCGAGUUUGAUUCGGGGCUCGAAGGGUUAAGGGAGACACGCCUGAAGGCUUUCAGUUUCUCCGAUACAUUUAAACAUAAAAAUAGGCAACCGAUGUACGCUUUUGUUUAACGUGAUCGAACGAGAUCUUGCAAGAAAUAUAAUUGAAAAUAAACAUCAGUGAUUGUUCAUUCUCAUUCGAGCGAUGAAAUCCGUCGAGGGCCGCUCCUUCGCCAGUUUGUACCUGCAUCACUACUGCGGAUUUCGCGAAACAAUCAUAGAAAGUGCGUGGGAGAAAAUCUGCGAUUAGAUGAUAAAUUAAAUUCGCAUAGAAAUACGCAGUGAUCAUUAAUGAACGUCCCGACUAGAACGGAGGUCUCAAGUGCAUUUACGACUCACAGUUAUGUAGAUCUAUAUAAUAGCUAUCGCGGAUCAUCAUCAGGAUCUUUGCUAUGCCCUCUGAAUUUGUUUGCCGUAGCGAUAAUUCUAGCAAGUAGCGGACUCGAGAUUUCAUAUUUAGCUGUAGCACGCACAGACGAACGCUGAUUUCAUCGCAUUUACAGAAACAUUAAUGGACGUUGUUUGUCCAGGAUACAACGAAUUGCGAUGAAAAAGGUGUUGGUACUAUUACACACAUAUAGCUCAUUUCGAACCGAGAUUACUUAACGCAGUUUCAUUCCAGUUGAUUUUCAUAAUUUUUUAUACCAAUCGAGACUGUUUAUGGUUUUCUGAGUAAUAAAUCAACGGCGUACGUUUAUAGGGAGAGUAUCGUAAUCGUUCGAUUAGAGCAGUAGGGCGAUUUAAUCAGAGGUACAAAACGGCAGUGCAAUCAUGGUCCUAUCGGAGCAGACGUUUCGCAUCCAUAACGCGUUCAAUUCUAAUUCGUCAUACUGAAUCUUGAUGGAUCUCGAUGAUAGAGACUGCAUAGUCUGCUUAAUCCAAUCAGUACGAUGCCUAACCGAACCGUUAGUGUAAACGAGCGGAUUGUACGUACAGCGAUUCGUGAGAGAUUGAGAUGAUGCUACGUGGAAAGCCGGUUUCAGUUGUUCCGGGGCUCGGAAGGGUUCUCCAGCGAACGGAAAGAAAAACAAAGGAGCCCUUGUAGAAGUUUCCGCGGGAACGCGAGAAGCCGACUGUUUAAUUUCUCGGAUUUUCUGUACACUCCUUUUUCCCUCGUUUCGUGUCCUAUUAAUUUGAAUCGCGAUGGGGGCAUAAUUAUCCAAAGCCUGCGAACAACUUUUUCGUUUCGCCGGAGAACUUUUUCCGACAGCAUCGCUGCCGCCGUCGAGUGGAGCAGAAAUAAUUGGGUAAGUCUGGCAAAUAUUGCUGCUAAUUAAAACCGAAGUUAUAAGAUGCCUCCCGUGAAAAUCGCUUCAAUCGAUCACCCCCGAGAUUUGAUUCACUCAAACCGAACAAACUAAUUUCGCACUGUUUUCCCUGUGUCGGCAGUUUAGAUUAAGCAGAGUAUGCGUAUACAAAUAUGAUUGUAUUAAAGCGAUGCAAUUACAUUCCUGUAAUUCGUGUUAAUUGGGUUGAGAAUUCGCUGGAAUUAAUGGCAUCCACGUUUGCGAGGAUUUAUCGUUGAAUUCGUUCAUAUUAAACAAUAGAAGGUGAGGAUAAAAAUGCAGUGAAAAAUUAUUAGUUCCGAAUUAAUUAAAUUGAUAAGCUCUUCGAUAUAGCAUCAGUUUUAUUCUCGAUAUAUCAGUGGAACGUGUGAUUAAAUAAUUUAAGUAAGCUAAUUUUUUUUUCUAUCGAUUUGGGUUGAAAUAGGAAUACGUACCUUGGCCUCGGUUCGAAACGAGCUUACCUUCUCGUAACUGUACGUUCAUAAUUCAACUAAUAGAGCUUCAAACGAACGAAUAAAGAUUGUGUUCACAAGCCA